AUGGCCGAUCUCACUUCCAGGGAUUUGACUUCACCUCAACCUGAUUGUGAUGGAGGUGGUGAAAUUGAAGCUGUUGCACCUGAUUAUACCGAGAUUAUUGUUAUUCGUCACGGUGAAACUGAAUGGAAUGCUGAUCGAAGAAUUCAGGGGCAGAUCGAUGUGGACUUAAAUGAUGUUGGGAGGAAGCAAGCGGCUGCAGUGGCUGUGCGAAUAUCAAAGGAAUCUAAAAUAUCUGCAGUAUACUCAUCGGACUUGAAACGAGCGUAUCAUACAGCCGAGAUGAUAGCAAAUUGCUGUGGUGUGAUUGAGGUUUUUAAAGAUCAAGACUUGAGGGAGAGGCAUAUGGGUGAUCUUCAUGGUGUUCUGUUCCACGAAGCAGCCAAAACCAGACCUGAGGCUCACAAAGCAUUUUUAUCUCGUAGUAGGGAUCAAGAAAUUCCUGUCGGUGGAGAAAGUCUUAAUCAACUGUAUGAACGCUGUACGUCAGCGUUAGAGAGAAUUGUGAAGAAACACAGAGGCGAACGAGUAGUUGUAGUCACGCAUGGUGCUACCAUCGAAGAACUUCAUAGACGGGGCUCAAACGGGAUGUCUGCUGAGAAUGUUCUUAAUACUUCUGUUAAUGUUUUUCACUUGUUUGAUGAGCACAAAUGGAGUAUUAAAUCUUGGGGCGAUGUGAGUCAUCUCGAUGGCCUAUUCGGAAACAAUGGACAAGCAUAG